ACAAAUAGAAGAAGGAGAAGAUGGUCCGAGACAGUUUACUGCUUUUCGUAAUCACUGGCUGCCAUUAACGUCUAUACACGUCAAUUUGAUUACGAAUGCUCACUGCAAUUGAAGUCUAUAGACGGGGUUGGCUGGGAGACGGUCUGGCGGAGCUUGUAAGCUAAGUGUAGUGACGAACUGACCUCCUGUAAGGGGCAGCAGUGCUCUAUUUGCAUGAGUGAUCAGUAUAGAUCAUGGGAAGAAGAUGCGAGUUGAGAGGGAGAAAAUGGCAAAACGCAAGUCGGACAAGCUCAGUAUGUGUCGCGGUAGUUCGGACAAAAAGAGUGCCGCGGUCGUGAGAAGUGACGACGGAGAUCAUGGAGAUUAUCAAAAGAGGCAGCUACGGAGACGUGCGUUCUCGGGGCCAAGCGGUGAGAGGCAGCAUUUCUCACGCUGCGUGUCACCAACGGCAAGCUCAACUGACGAAUCCGCGUCAGAUGAAUUCAGCGAACCGGACCCGGAUUCGUCGGAUGAGUGGUUGCCGUCUGGACCAGGCAGGAGCAGCAGAGCCUCGUCCACAGACGCUCCAGAAAGACGUAAAAGAGAUCGUGCAUCCAGCAGAGAUCCCACUCCUGUUGGCAGUGCAAAGAAAGGUCGUGCAUCUAGCAGAGAUCCCACUGCUGUUGGUAGUGCAAAGAAAGGGCGUGCAUCAAUCGGAGGUUGUGGGCAACAUUCUGGCUGGCAUCAAGUUGAAAACUGGCAACCAAAUCAGAUCCCCUUCACUGCAACCCCUGGACCCCGGGGAGCUGCCGCAGAGCUGGAUUCUGACCUGCCAGCUGACUUCCUGGAGCUGUUCCUGACGAAUGAGCUGCUCCAACAUAUUGUGGAUCAGACCAACUUGUAUGCCAGUCAGUAUAUUCGAGCACAACCUGACAGUUUGCCAUAUAGCAGAGUUAAUGCGUGGAAACCGGUGUCAGUCCCAGAGCUGAAAACUUUCUUUGGACUCAGUUUUCUCACUGGCUAUGUUAAAAAGCCAAGUCUUGAACUAUACUGGAGUGUGGAUGAGGUUGAUGCAACACCCUAUUUCAGUAGGACCAUGUCAAGGAACCGAUUCCAGAUGAUAUGGAAGUUCCUUCAUUACAAUAAUAAUAAUGAGUCACAGGAUGCGACUGACAAAAUGUAUAAAGUCCGCCCAGUGUUAAAUUACAUUGUGGAAAAGUGCAAGGAGCUGUAUCAACCAGCGCAAAACAUUUGUAUUGAUGAGGGUAUGAUGCAGUGGCGGGGGCGUCCAUCUUUCAGGGUGUACACACCACAAAAACCUGUGAAGUAUGGGAUCAAAUCAUACAUACUGUGUGACUCUGCCACAGGGUACUGCUUCAACAUGCAUCCUUAUGUCGGGACAGCUAGUACUCUGCCAGAUACAAUAUUUGCUCUCCUUGAUCGUCUCCAAGGCCAUGGUUAUACACUUUUUAUGGACAAUUUCUACAAUUCUGGAGCACUCUCUGAACGGUUACUGGGAGCACAAACCAAUUUAUGUGCAACAUUGAGGAAGAAUAUGGGGGGACCUAAGAUGGUGACAACCUGCCACCAAGAUAAGAUGCAGAAGGGACACAAAGAGCAGGUUCCUCACUUCAAGCCAGAGUGUGUCAUUCCAUACAACUGGUCCAUGAAUGGGGUGGAUAAGCUGGACCAAAACAUUGCCUACUACCCCUUCAUCCGAAGGUCACUGAACUGGUCCAAGAAAUUUGUCACCUAUCUGUUCCAACUAUGUAUGUUCAACGCACAUGUCCUCUACAGAGCCAAAAACCCAGAGGAGUGUAAAACCCUCUUGGAGUUCAUGCGCAGGGUUGUGAAGUCCUGGACUGCAAAGCAAUUUGUGGGGGAGCAAGUAGAGGAGGUGGAGGUGGAGGUGGGGAAGCAGGUAGAGGAGGUGGAGGUGGGGAAGCAGGUAAAGGAAGAGGAGGAGGUGGGGAAGCAGGUAAUGGAGGAGGAGGAGGAGGUGGGGAAGCAGGUAGACGAGGUGGAGGUGGGGAAGCAGGUAAAGGAGGAGGAGGUAGGGAAGCAGGUAAAGGAGGAGGAGGUAAAAGUGGAGGAGCUGGAGGUGGAAGUUGCAGGAAAGUGUUUUACUGCUUAUCAUACUAAGCUGAACUAUUCUGUGGAGCAUUGA